AGAUACCUUAUGAUCAACAAAGACUUAAAUUCAAUCAGAAUGCAACAACAACGACAACAACAACAUCAACAACAUAUCACCUCCAAUGUAAUAUACUUGGAGUUGAUGAUGGCGUUGUGCGGAGGCAAAGGUGGUUUUGGUUCGCUGCUGCGUGGAAAGGCUAAUCGUCUCGGCCAGAAGAAGACAUCAAACUUUGAUGCCUGUCGCGAUCUCAGUGGAAGACGACUGCGUCACGUCAACAACGAGAAGCGAUUGAAGGAGUGGUACGAGAGCGAGGAGGCGAGAAAGGAGGCUCUGGACAAGUUCAAGCAGGCCAUCAAGAAGGGUGGCAAAGAGCAGGUGGAGUUUGACCACGACAAGUUCCAAGAGGAGGCCGAGCAAGUAGCCACGCGAACCCAAAAUGCCGUCAAAGAAGGAUUGCGUCAGGGUGAUGAGAGUAUGAAUGUGAAUGGACAUUCGACAACGACUUCAACGACUACCACGUCAACGUCAACUACAACUACUACAUCAACUGCUGCUUCUGUUGCUGCUAGCGAGUCAUCAACCAAGAGCAAACCAAUGGGACUAUGGGUGCCAGACUUUGGCGACGAGGAUGAGGAAGAGGAUGACGAAGAAGACGAU